AUGUCCAAAUUUGUCAUUCCGACCGCUUUGAAAGAAUUGAGGUUUCAUCUAUCACAAACCGGUGAAGCAUCAGUACCAUUGCGUAAAUUUCUCACUACCAAUUAUUCAACUUUAAAACAGCAAACUGAAUAUAAAUUACCUAUAUUAAUAAGAGAAAGUUAUGGUAUACCUCCAAGUUUAACUGCUAGAUUCGAAAGGGGGGAAGAAGUUAGAAAGAAUUUGGAGGGGUUGAGUGAAGGACAAGUUGCUGAUGCUUUGAAUGAAGUUUUGAAAAGAUGA